UAAAGGUCUCUUCAACACUCAUCGUCUGAAGCCCUAAACACACACACAGAGGCAGAGGGAGCUCUGUCUUCUCUCUUUCUCUUUCAUUUCCAUCGCAUACACGAGAUCGGCGAACUGGUCGGUGUCCAAGCAUGGUGCACGUUUCCUAUUAUCGCAACUAUGGAAAAACUUUUAAGAAACCUCGCCGCCCCUACGAGAAGGAGCGAUUAGAUGCUGAGUUGAAGCUGGUCGGAGAGUAUGGACUCCGCUGCAAGAGGGAGCUUUGGAGGGUUCAGUAUGCUUUGAGCCGCAUCCGUAAUGCAGCAAGAAUGCUUCUAACCCUUGAUGAGAAGAAUCCCCGCAGGAUUUUCGAGGGUGAAGCCCUUCUGAGGAGGAUGAACAGGUAUGGCCUGCUUGAUGAGAGCCAAAACAAGCUUGAUUAUGUCUUGGCCCUUACUGUGGAGAACUUCCUCGAGCGUCGCCUCCAAACACUUGUGUUCAAGACAGGUAUGGCAAAGUCCAUCCACCAUGCCAGAGUGCUCAUCAGGCAAAGGCAUAUCAGGGUUGGGAGGCAGGUGGUCAAUGUUGCUUCUUUCAUGGUGAGGCUGGACUCACAGAAGCACAUUGAUUUCUCACUGACAAGUCCUCUCGGAGGUGGACGUCCUGGUAGAGUGAAGCGCAGGAACAUGAAGGCAGCUGCAAAGAAGGCUUCUGGUGGAGAUGGAGAUGAAGAAGAUGAAGAGUGAGGCCUUGCAUUAAUGUAAGUUUAUAAUGGAAAAACUAGCAAGUCCGGCCUAGAGUUUCUUCACCUCUGCCGGUUAGUACUGUUCUUUUACCUUAAGUUUAGUUUUGUAUUUUUUUUUUUUCUGAGAACCUUCAGUAUAGGGAGUUUUGCAUGCUUUUAUGUUUUAUGCUUUCUUGAUUGUUAUUGAGAAUAUAUUUGUUGGUUUGAUCAAGACUGGUUAUUUGUUUUUGGCUUCUA